UCUCCUUAUGGACGCUUAGGAUACACUGAGCUCCUCUCUCCUCUCUCCUUAUGGACGUUUAGGAUACACUGAGCUCCUCUCUCCUCUCUCCUUAUGGACGUUUAGGAGACACUGAGCUCCUCUCUCCUCUCCUAUCUCCUUAUGGAUGUAUUUUCAUCUCUCCAUUGCACAUUAACUCUGCUUUCUCUCCAGAGUCCUUGUUACUUCUCGUCUCAUAAGGUCUAUAGGACCUGACUGGGUCUGAUGUCAUUGUGCUGCUGAUGCCCCGCCCACUCUUCUCUCUACCUCCAUCUGCCUGAUGGAUCAUGAAGGUCUGGAUCAUGGAGGUCUGGAUCGUGGAGGUCUGGAUCAUGGAGGUCUGGAUCGUGGAGGUCUGGAUCAUGGAGGUCUGGAUCGUGGUCCAUGACUACUACCAACUAUUCAUACAUGUGUACAGAUUGUAAAGCGCUCUGAGGCAAAUUUGUAAUUUGUGAUAAUGGGCUGUACAAAAUAAACUGAAUUAAAUGUAAUCAUAGUAGUGUAGUAGUGAGGUCAUAGUAGUGUAGUGAGGUCAUAGUAGUGUAGUCGUGAGGUCAUAGUAGUGUAGUAGUGAGGUCAUAGUAGUGUAGUAGUGAGGUCAUAGUAGUGUAGUCGUGAGGUCAUAGUAGUGUAGUAGUGAGGUCAUAGUAGUGUAGUAGUGAGGUCAUAGUAGUGUAGUCGUGAGGUCAUAGUAGUGUAGUGAGGUCAUUGUAGUGUAGUAGUGAGGUCAUAGUAGUGUAGUAGUGAGGUCAUAGUAGUGUAGUCGUGAGGUCAUAGUAGUGUAGUGAGGUCAUAGUAGUGUAGUAGUGAGGUCAUAGUAGUGUAGUCGUGAGGUCAUAGUAGUGUAGUGAGGUCAUAGUAGUGUAGUAGUGAGGUCAUAGUAGUGUAGUGAGGUCAUAGUAGUGUAGUAGUCUUCUCAAACACUUCUCAGUGGAUCAAUUGAUUAAAUUAAAAUGUUGAUAUACUUUAAUGAUAUUCUAUCAUUUGUUUUAUGAAGGUUACCAAUGAAAUCCACAUAGAAGCUUGUCAGGCUCUUAUUUUGAAGGUGCCUCCGCCAGCUGCCCGGAUGUGCCUCCAUUCCAAGCUCCCGUCGGCAGCAGCAGCGUCUCUUCGUCACUGCGGUGGUAAAGUGUCAGUUAGCUCCUUCAGUCCUGACCCAGCAGAGUCUCUGUAUGUCUGGAUAAACCUCUGAAUGGACUUCUAGAGGUUCUCCUUUGGUUCUGGAUGUUGUUCCUCGGACUCAUCUCCCGCUACAAAGACAUUGAAGUUAGCUUAGCAUGCUAACAGCGCUAGUCCCAGUUUAAAGGAGAGGAACGGGCUUUGUGACGGACUUUGAGUGGAGAAAACGUUUCUGUCGUUGGGGGGAAAUGUCUAAAGUCCAAAUGCUGAGAUGUUUCGUCAACCAGCGACUCACUGCGGCUGCGCAGGAGAUAUGUGGGCUGUUUGAAAGAACGAUAGCAGAGUACGAGGAGGAACUUUGUAGUUCUCAAGAGGAGAACGAGCGACACCGGAAACGACUGCAGGCUGUGUUCAACCCGGAAGUCCGGAUACAACGAGCAGACGCCCAGCAGCUGUUGACGGUUCAAGUAGAGGUUCAGACUGAGCAGCAGGACUGGAGCUCCAGUCUGGACCCGGAGGAUCCAGAACCCCCACGCAUUAAGGAGGAAGAGGAGGAUCCAGACCCCCCACACCUUAAAGAGGACCAGGAGGACCGUUGGACCCAUCAGGAGGGAGAGCAGCUUCAAGGUCUGGAGGAGGCUGGUGUUAAGUUCUCAUUCACUCCUGUGAAGAGUGAAGAUGAUGAAGAGGAAGCUCAGUCCUCUCAUCUUCAUCAAAGACUAACUGAACAGAUGAAAACAGAAGCUGAUGAAGAGGACUACAGAGUACCAGAACCUGAUGAGAAGACUGGAGACUCGACUGAACCUGAGACUGAUGUCAGUGAUGACUGGAAGGAGACCAGAGAACCUCAGUCAGGUUCAAACUCUCUGAAUAAUGAAGAAGGUAAUGUCAGUGAUUCAAAAUGUCGUUCUGGUAAGAAACCACUAGGCUGCUCUGAAUGUGGGAAAUUAUAUCGCCUCAAGAGAGAUUUGAAGAAGCACAUGAGAUGUCACACAAGACGUUUCAGCUGCUCGGAGUGUGGUCGAGGCUUCGCCACCCGGUACCAUCUGAAGACCCACAUGUCGCGGCACACGGGAGAGAAACCGUUCAGCUGCUCUGAGUGUGGUCAUCGUUUUAUUCAAAGUGGAGGUCUGAAGAGACACAUGAGAACUCACACAGGAGAGAAACCGUUCAGCUGCUCAGACUGCGAACAGUCUUUUCAACGCAGAGAAUAUUUAGAGCGACACAUGGUGAGUCACACAGGAGAGAAACCUUUAAGCUGCGCCGAGUGCGGUCGAGGUUUCAUUGAAAGUGGAGGUCUGAAGAGACACAUGAGAACUCACACGGGAGAGAAGCCGUUCCCGUGCUCGUACUGUAACAAAUCUUUCAUACAAAGUAUACAUUUAAAGAGACACAUGUUUACUCACACGGGAGAGAAACCGUUCAGCUGCUCCGUCUGUAAAACAUCUUUCACACGGAAACAGUAUUUAGAGGGACACAUGAUGAAUCACACGGGAGAGAAACCCUUCAGCUGUGCGGUCGAGGUUUCACUGAAAGUGCAGGUCUGAAGAGACACAUGAGAACUCACACGGGAGAGAAGCCGUUCCCGUGCUCAUGCUGCAACAAAACAUUCACACGGAAGGGACAUUUAGACCG